AUGGCGCAGCAGAGUUCAAGCUCUUUGCAUGCACACCUUGGUCCCAUCCCCGUCCGGGGAACGAUCACAAGUGAGCAGCGGGAGCAGAUCAAAGCUGCCACGUCUUGCUCUGCGGCAGUCAGGGAGCGGAACCAGUGGGGCGCCCGGAUGCUGACUGUCACUGGCCCAGCCAACGGGCUGCAAGAAGCCCAUAGCAUGGCCGUGAAGUUCAUAGAGGAGAACGGUGAAGAUAAGGGUCGUGCAGAUCCUGCUGCUGCCAGUGCCAAGAAUGAAAGCAAGAAGAAGUGGCAUGGUUCCUGGCACUCCUGGUCCACUUGGGAUGCUGACAAAUGGGUUCCGAGAAGCGAACAUGAGGAGCUGCAAAACCGCCUCAAAACAGCGGAAGGGACCAUUGCUGGUUUGCAGUGGCGUAUGAGCUGCUGGGAAAGCUGGCACUACUACCAAGGGCAACCCAGCUACGGCUAUGUGUACCAGAGUGCAGAGGCUCGCCCUGCACGUGAGCCCCGCGCAGAGCCUUGCCCGGGAAAAGAUGAAAGAGAUGAAAGAGACCGCACCCGAGACCCCAGCAGGAGCUAUGACCGACGUGACACCGUGUCACCUUCGGAAGAAAGCAACAGGACCAUCCUGCCUGAAGAGACACACACAAAGGAGUCUCAUGCCAAAAAGCGCAAGAAGAAGAGGAAGGACCGCCAGCGAUGGUCUGAGGAUACGGGGCAUGGGGAUCAGCAUGAUCAGCGGCAUUGGCAGAGGAAGAAGUGUUCUUUUCCAGGAAGAAGCUGGAGGAAGGCUCGUCCUCUUCCGUGCAAAAAUGGAGGAAGGCUCGUCCUCUUCCGUGGCAAGAAGGCUUGUCCUCUUGUUUCUGAUAUGAAGAGAAAAAGGCCCAAUUUUGACACCUUUGUUCCUCCGACUGUGACUUUGAGCGUGGCGGCACGAACAUCUGGGGGAGACAGAAACCAGCUCCGUAAAGGUAUCAUCAGGCCUUUGCUGGAGGAUUCCGUGUACGGGCACAUUCUCCAAAAGUGCCCUAUCCAAUUCACCAACGGCGAGGCAUAUGAAUGGGAAUACAUAAACCCGUUUGCUCUCAUUCACCAAUAUACUUCAGCCCGACCACGUUUUGGCGAUAUGCUGCGGGGGGCUGGGUCCGUACGGAUCGCUUUUUACAUGGAUGAAACUACACCAGGCAAUGUGCUUCGCCCAGAUCAUGGUCGAUCACUGGCGUGCUUCUACUGGACAUUGAUGGAACUACCGUCCUGGUUUCGGAGCCGCCACUGUGGCUGGUUUUAUUUCGGGCUUUUUCCUCUGUCGCUGGUGGAGCACGUAGCAGGUGGCUAUUCUUUCCUGUUUGCCUUCAUGGUGAAAACAUUCUUUGGCAAAGGAUUGCUAGCAUGGGAUUUCGACAGGACAGGCAUUUGCUGCAAAUCAAGUGGUGGAGACUUCAUUUUGAAAGCGCGUUUCGGGGCCCUACUUUCAGACGAGAAAGCAAUGAAAGAGCUCUGGUGCACGAAAGGUGCUAGUUCCUACAAGCCUUGCCACCUGUGCAAGAAUGUGAUGGGCCGGGUGGACCUGCCAGACCGCGGCUACUUGGUGCACUACACUUGCACAGAUUCAAGCCGCUUUGAUUUGCAUACUGCUGACAGUUUCCGGACUAUGGCACAGAAUCUGAAGCUUGAAGCUGGCAACCUGAGCAAAAAAGACUUCGAGCGAUUGGAGCAAUCUUACGGGCUUGUUUUCGACCCUCUUGGCAUCUUGUGGUGUGAAGAUUUGGGAGGCAUUGUCAACCCUGUAUCACACACCUACUGGGACUGGAUGCAUAUAUUGAUGGCCUGUGGUGGGAUUGCUCAGUAUGAGUUCAAUCAAUAUGCUAGGCGCCUUUGCAGUGCUGGCGUGUCCUUGCGGGCCCUUGACGAUCUUGCUGCGGAGAUUGUGUGGCCAAAGGGUGCUUAUUGGUCAAAGAAAUAUUUCCAAAAGCGUGUGGUGGAUAAAGACGGUGCCCAUUUAAAGGCGUUUGCCAAUGAGCUUUUCCAGUUGACGGACAUUUGGCGCUUAAUACUCCAGCUGGUGGUGCGCCCGGCUGGCAUCCUGGAGCUGGAAACCAGAAGUUUAGAGAGCAUGAUGAAAAUCAUUGACAUUUUGUCAAUGCAGGAAGAGGCGUUGCCUCUUGUUGGUGACUUGGAAAUCGAAAUUGCCCAGCACCACGCUUGGUUUCUAGAACUUUACCCGGAUUGCAACAAGCCGAAAACACACUGGCUACGACAUGUUCCGUCCUUGUUCAGGGAGUUUGGCUGCAAUCUCAGCUGCUUCAGCCCUGAGAAGAAGCACAAGGGAGUGAAGCAGCUGGCGCUUUUGAUUUCUGCCAACGUUGAGAAAGGAGUCUUGUACCGCGCAGUUGCAGAAAAUUUCUCUUCUUUCUCCAAUGAUGAAAAUAUGCUGCGCCCUAUUUUCCUGGAACGGGCGCAGGACAUGGAAGCUGAGUGGCUGCGGGCAUUCUAUCCGGACAUGCAAGAAGCGAAUGUUUCAAAGACACUGCGUUUUGAAGGUGGACGGGUGUCAGCAUCAGAUAUGCUAUGGUUUCCGGCUACAAAGCACCUUGCUCAGGCAUCCUUCUUUUUGCAGGUUCGGCUUUUGAACUCCUCUGAGUUCUUGAUCCACGGGGACUUAUAUCAGCAGGCUCGCCUUCAAUCUUUGCAAGGCUCGCCUGCAGAGACUUGCGCCAUGAGCGCCGCUAGCGAAGUGCCUGCUACUGCCACUGCAGAAGCUCUCCCCGAAUCUGCGGCCAGUGAAGCUACCGAAGCGGCUUCUCCAGCUGAGACGGCAACAUCUUGUGCAGAAACGCCUAGUGGCGUAGUUCCUCUGGACAAGGUGGAGACCGGCCCUGGACUUCCAGCAGAAAAUUUGUGUUCCACCUGCAGGAAGCCUGUCUCUGAGGAGAAUGGUGUGGUUGUGGCACGGGCAGUGGGGAAGACAGCUACUUCUUUGCGCUGCAGGGCAUGCCACAAUUUAAAAAGUAGGAUCAACCGGGUGUUGAGCCACUAUGGCUCAUUGGCCCAGGAUUGGACGAAGGUGACUGAAAAUGAGAAGAAAGAAUUUUACAAGAAGUACAAGGAGCAGGCGGGACCGGACCUUCUGACCAGGCUCCAGGAGACAGUGACGGAAAGCAAGAAGACCAGCAGCGCCGUCUCCUUCGAGGGCACCGGCGAUUUCCUGGACGAGAUAGAUUUGGAGGAGAAGUACAAGAACAAGCCAGAUCAAUUGGCCGCUAUUAAGGCCAACACCCGGACCUACUUCUGUCCAGUUCGACAGGUGCAGCUUUUCGAGGAUGUGAAAUAUAAGCGCACGGCUGUGGAGACCGAGGAGUACGCGAAGGUGCAGAAACGCAAGAGGCAAUCAAUUCCGCUUGAACAAGGUGAACGUGAUGAGACGGCUGCAGAUUCGAGCCAGUGCAAGAAGGGCAAGAAAGAAGCAGCCAAAAGUGAGCUGCCGAAGUUGAAGGCUGGAGGCAAGAAAAAGAUUUCCAAGAAAGUGGAACUGAUGAACGCAAAGAAGCUGCAGCUGAUGGAUUGGAACUGCAAAGCGCGUGGUGACAAAGUCAAAGACUUGGUGCCUGGCUAUGUCGUGAAGGCUUCCACAAAGCUGGUGGAUGACGCUGUGGCCUUUGGGGUUGAAUGCGACAGCAUUCUUGAAAGUGGCCAUGGCGACGCAGAUGAGGUCAUCAAGAAGGCAGACUCUUUCAUGGAGCAGCUGACAGAGAUGAUGGGCCGCGUCAAGUGCCAAGUGGAUCAGGCGCAUGCUUUUGUUGCCACUGGUGCGAGCGGCCAGGAGUGUGGAGGCUCGCCCCAGCUGCAGACAUGCGACGGCUCGCCCCAAAGAAAGCGAAGGAGCGGAGGUGAAGAAGCGCCGCGCAAGCAGCCACGCAGCUCCAAAGAUUUAUCCCCUGUUUCAAUGGGCGCUGAAACUUUGACCCUCGACUUUUGGGAAGACAGAGACAUAGAGGUGGGCGAGGACACCCAGCAAUUCCCUGAGAAUCCAUCGAUCGACUAUGAGCUUGCAUACACAGACUGGAUGUUGUCCCAGUUGUCUGAAAAGGUUUUAGUUCCCGAACCCAAUGACUGGAAAACAGAAUUUCCACAGCUGAGGCUCGCCCAGCCAAUCCACAUAGCAAUGCCAUGCUGCGGAAUAGACGGUGCUGGUUGGUCACUCCGAGCUAUGGGGGUGCCCUUUACACCAAACAACGUAUACGACCUGGAGACGCGAUACAAGGAGUACUGGCAGGGCAUGGUUGAAGAAGGCUCGCCUCUUCAUUUCGGAAAGCACAAUGGUGACAUUGUCCAGGUCCAGCUGUCGGACUUGGAGCGCCCAGUGCAUGUGCUUUGCAGUGGCCCGCCAUGCCCGCCUUGGGCAGGAAAUGGCAACAAGAAAGGUGUGGAAGACUUCCGAGCAAAAGCUUUUCUGGCUAUUGUGAAUAUAGUGGCUUCGCUAGCCAAGUGUGGUGAGCUGCAAGCAGCGAUCUUGGAAAAUGUCCAAGGCAUUUUACACCGCCAAGGUGGCGAAGAAAGUUUCAUGUCAAAGCUUCUGCACAUUUUGCAAGAAGAAGUGCAGGAAUUUCUCUGGCAGGUGGACACCCUCAAGGCGGUGGACUACAAGCUAGCGCAGGACAGAACGCGUGUGUUCUUGCGUGGGAUCCGGAGCACGUUGUGCCCAAGCGGGGCGGUGCCACCUCCACUACCCCCAUUUGGCCACAGAGUGUUGACAGACUUUCUGGCGUCAAUGCCUUGUGUGGACCGUAAGAAGCUCACAAAGCGCAUGGCCCAAAACUUGAAAGACAGCCAAGAACAACUGCGGAAACUUUUGCAGGAAGGUCGCCUCGUAGAGACAGACGUUGUCUGCUUCCCACUGGACCGCGCAGAUGGCAAAACAUACAAGCGGCAUAUCAGCGUCAAUCGUACACCAACAUUGACCACCUCGAAUUCAUACCUGUUUGUGUCAGACAUGAAGGUGGGCCUCCCAGAUCAGAAACGGACACACUUCCGUUUCUUGCAUCCGCAUGAGCGGUUUGUUUUGCAAGGUUUCAACGUGGAAGUCGCCGAACAAUUCGCUUCCAGCCAAGCCUUACAAGUCAAGGCAGCAGGAAAUGCCUAUCCAGUGCCACUCAUUGGAGCAGCAAUGGCCCCAUUGCUGGCUGCCUUCGGUGAGCUGCCCCAGAAAGGAGAAAGGGAGCUGGAGUUCCCCACGCGUUUCCAUGAGCGUUUGGCUGACGCCAUGUACGGUGCUGGGAAGAAAAGCAAACCAAAGAAGGCAGGACAUAAGGUGCUCAAACGACCGGCUGCACACCAAUCAUCAGACAAACCUGCAGACGAAAAAUUGGACAAAACCCAUCCUGGGCCCCAUGACAAGGAGCAACAUGACGGUGAUGGGGCACAGCCUUUGGGUGAAGAACGUGCGGGGCCUUCCACCAAGAAGCGACCUGCCAGCACGGCAAGCAUCGGAAGGCCCUGUCAGAAACCAAGACUCCCUGCCGCAUGGCGCCUGCGUGGGCAAAGAUUGCAUGAGUUUAUUUCCUCUUCCACGCUGGUUCAAGCUGACCACGGGUUGCUGCGAGGCUUGCCCGCAGAAACAUUGAGAGCGAAGCUUUUGCUUGUGAUUGUAGGGACAAACCACAUGGCUGAAGCCCGCUUUGAUGGGAUGCUUGACUACUUCGCUGCUCUCCAAAAGAGCUGCGGGGGGUUCCUUGAAAAGGACGCCUUAGACCCCCUGUUGAAAAGCUGCAUGCUGGAUAUUGAACGCGCCCCGCCCAUAACCAUAGAAGCAGGGGCCAGCAUGCUUAGAAAGCUUGAGAAAGCUACCGUGCCCCAGGCAUGGCGUGAAGCUUUAGUGAAACUGGUGCAAGCCAAGGUUCAGACAGGCGCAGAGAACAGCUGCAACGAAGGGAAUAAGAAGAACAAGGAAAAACCAAGGCAGACAUGUCUGCACUUGGACAACUAUUUCUUGAAGAAGGACUGGGAAAAACUGGCUUCGGAUGGGUUGACUGACAAGGUCAACUUGGCAGCGCAAAGAAUGGCAGCCCUGGGUUUGCUGAACCCAACAGAGCCGACUGUGGUGCAUGCAGUCGCAAUUCUGUAUUUGACGUCGCACAAAGGGACCCUGGAAGAACUUAACAUCACCGGCGUCCAUGCUUUGAAUACGGUGCGGGAUUUGAAAUCUGUGCUCAGAGGAUUGAAAGGCUUUACGCAGUCUGGGAUCACCAACUACCCAAUGGAUCCUGCAGAAUUGCCCGGCCCCAUAUUCAUGAAAGCGUUUGGACAAGAAAAGCCAGAGCCAAGCCGUCUGGAUCCUCACGCGCUUGGAUGGUUACAAGUUGUGCUACCUGCAAGGGACACGCACACAUCAGUGCGAGGUGCCUGGGGAAAGCGAACCUCGCGACUACGCACUGGCAACAACUUCCAGGAGAUGCUCAUGAAUGCCAUGAGCAACCCUGACAUGGCAGCAGCUUUCGCCAGCAUGAUGAGAAACAAUUCUGGAGUGCAGCUGAACAUGACACGCCGGAAACAGUUGAUGCCAAGCGCUGCCUCUGCACAGGUGGAACCACUCAUGUUGGCAAACGGGCCAGCUGCUUCUCACAACUUGGCAGGCAAGCAAGACCCAAAGGAUGAAGUCGACCUCGAGACAUCGCUUCCAAGUAAUGAAGAACCUAGCAUCAAGGCUCGUCCUGGUGCAAAAGAAAUCAGCAAGGCUCGUCCUGCUGUAAGUGAAACCAGCAAAGCUCGGCCUGCUGCAGGCGAACCCUGCGAAGCUCUGCCUGCAAAGGACAGCAAGGAAUUGCCUCCGCUGGAACCCAAAAGCGUAGAUGCCAUGGCGAAUGACAUCUUGGCAGCCAUUGGCGGCCAAAAAAGAAAGAAGACCGCUGCUGAAGAGACCACCGAGGGCGAUGACGUGCCCAUGCCGAAGGUAAAAGCCAAAAGCAAACCAAAGGGAAAGGCCAAAGCCACAGCAAAGAAAACAUCUGCUGUGGCCAAGGCCAAGAGUACGCCUCCCAAGACCAAGAAUGCUGCGCCCAAAGCAAGCCCGAAGAAAAAGAAAGAGGUCUUGCCAUUCCCUGGGACAGCUGCACAUGAGCCCGUUCGCCACAAGAACGCUACAGUUUACAUAUGCCCCAAGUCGACCAACUACAGGGUCAAACUUGAUGGUGAGAAGAAGGACAAGGCCUUCAGCUGGAAACGCCAGGAUGCGAAGGAGGCAUGGGUGCAGGUGAAGGAAUACAUCCUGAACUUGGAGUGA